CUUGGAUCUAUCUAGUCGGAAUAAAACUUGGUGAUGGCUGAACCCCAGAUUCCUACCGUUGAUCUCUCACCGUUUUUCAGCCAAGAUGAAGACGACGAUGGCAAGAAGAAGGCCAUGGAAAUCAUUACAAAAGCGUGUUCCGAGUACGGCUUCUUCCAAAUCGUGAACCAUGGUGUGCCCGUAGACUUGCUGCAACGUGCCCUGCAACUCUCCAGCAUUUUCUUCGACUAUCCGUCCCAAGAGAGACUGAAAAUCCGUGCACCGCCUAAUGCGCCUCUCCCUGUCGGAUACAACAUUCAGCCCCAACAAUCGCCCGAAAAGAACGAGUAUCUUUGGAUGUUCCCACCCGGAUCUAGCUUCAAUGUUUUCCCUCAAAACCCACCUUCAAGUAUACCAGUGCUGGAAGAUGUAUUCUCCAAAUUGACGAAAACGGCUGCAGUUGUGGAGGGCAUCGUGAAUCAGUGCUUGGGUCUCCCCACAAACUUCCUCAGAGAAUUCAACCAUGACAGGAACUGGGAUUUCAUGGUGGCUCUCCGCUACUUCCCUGCCACCGAAUCGGAGAACAAUGGCAUAACACAGCACGAAGAUGGAAAUUGCUUGACCUUGUUGUUCCAGGACGGUACAGGUGGUCUACAGGUCCGCAAGGACGGGGAAUGGAUCCCUGUUAUCCCCGCAAAACACACAUUAGUAGUCAACUUAGGCGAUGUUAUUCAGGUAUUGAACAACAAUAAAUUCAAGAGCGCCACUCACAGGGUGGUGAGGCCUAAAGAAAGAAGCCGAUACUCAUUUGCAUUCUUCCAUAAUUUGAAGGGAGACAAAUGGGUUGAACCAUUGCCGCACUUCACCAAAGACAUUGGAAAACCACCCAAAUACAGAGGUUUUAGAUAUAGUGAAUACCAGCAAUUGAGGGUGAGGAACAAGACGCAUCCUCCAAGUAGGCCUGAAGAUCAAAUCGGAAUCACCCAUUAUGAAAUUACUUCUUAAAUGGAUCAUCAUCAUCAAUGUGUUAUCCAUCUUCGUUUCUGUAAUCGUUUUCAAUUUGCGAUGCUUGGGCAAUAAAAAAACUUGAACAAGUUGAAAGUCGC